AUGUCGACAUCGAUCUUCAAGAACGUCCUUAUCUUCGGCGCAACCGGCGAGGUUGGCUCAGCCGUCGCCCGCUGUGCUAGCUCUAGUGGAGCCAAAGUCUGGCUGGGCAUGCGGGACAUCAACAAGCAAAACACAUGGCUUGGGAAGGAGGAGGAGACCGAAUCCGACAUGAAGCGUCUGCAUGCGGAUCUCACAGACCCCGUGUCCCUGGCCGCAGCUGUGAAGGAGUCAGCUGCCACAGCCGCCUACAUCUACGCCACCCACUCUCGAGAUGGCAUGCGGUCUGCUCUGCAGGCCAUGCGCGACGCCGGGAUCCAGCACACCGUCUUCCUCUCUACUUCCGCGGUGAGGGGUGACAUCAGGGCCAUCCCAAGGUCCACCUUCAUCCCGUGGCAUCACGCCCAGGUCGAGAUAAGCCUCGAAGAUCUGGGCAUGCAGCACACGGCCGUGCGGCCGGGCUUUUUUGCCAGCAACCCCUUCCGCCUGUACCUCGAGCCGUCCAAGACCACGGCGAAAAUCUUUGCGCCCGAACAGCUCCACGACCCCAUUGACCCGCAGGAUAUAGGGAGGGUCUGCGCCACCGUCCUGACCAGGCCAGCCCACAGGUCGUCUGGCGAGCUCAAGGAUGUCCAGUUUAUCAGCGGGCCGCGUCGGCUGUCGCAGACGAGCAUGUGGGAGAUCAUCAACACGUGUCUGGGACGCAAAGGGAAGCCCGUUGUUGAGACUGUGGAGCUCACGGAAGAGGAGUACACCGGGACGCUUGAAGCGAAGGGCGUUCCCGAUUUCAUCGCGCAGUCUUUGGUCAAGUCUAUGGGAGACACGAGUCUGCUGUACGCUGACGAGGACUUUCUUCCGGCAAGCAAGAAUGUAGAGAAUCUGACGGCAAACAAGCCGACGAGCUUUGAGGAUUUCGUCGAGAGGGAAAUCGAGAAAUACUUCCCCUGA